AUGUCAUUACCAGCCUCAUUUGACUUAACUCCAGAAGAUGCUAAAUUAUUAUUAGCUGCCAACGUUCACUUGGGAGCCAAGAAUGUUCAAGUACACAACAAACCAUACGUCUACAAGACCAGACCAGAUGGUGUCAACAUCAUCAACAUUGGUAAGACCUGGGAAAAGAUUGUUUUGGCUGCCAGAAUCAUUGCUGCCAUUCCAAAUGCCUCUGAUGUUGCUGUCUGUUCAUCAAGAACUUUCGGUCAAAGAGCUGUUUUGAAAUUCGGUGCUCACACUGGUGCUACUGCCAUUGCUGGUAGAUUCACCCCUGGUAACUUUACAAACUAUAUCACCCGUUCUUUCAAAGAACCAAGAUUGGUUGUUGUUACUGACCCAAGAACCGAUGCUCAAGCCAUCAAGGAAUCAUCAUAUGUUAACAUUCCAGUUAUUGCUUUGACUGAUAUGGACUCACCAUCUGAAUACGUUGAUGUUGCUAUCCCAUGUAACAACAAAGGUAAACACUCUAUUGGUUUGAUCUGGUGGUUAUUGGCUAGAGAGGUUUUGAGAUUGAGAGGAAUCAUUGCUGACAGAACUACUGAAUGGUCAGUUAUGCCAGAUUUGUACUUUUACAGAGACCCAGAAGAAAUUGAACAAAAUGCUGCUGAAGAAGGUGUCACUGAAGAAGUUGAAGAAGCUGUUGUUGUUGAAGCUGAAACCGAAUGGACCGGUGAAACUGAAGAUGUUGACUGGGCUGAAUCAGGUGUUACUCCAGCUGCUGAAGACGCUGCUGCUUCAAACUGGUAA